CGCUCGAGCCUCGUUGACGACGGUGCAGCCAGACAGUUCAAAGCGCAUCAAGCUGAUUAGAAAAAAGUGGUGGGAGCGUCAAGAAGAGCUGGCUUGGUGGCUCUUUGUUUCAAGCCAGCAGGCUAGUUAGCUGGUGACGCUAGCUAGCUAGCUAGCAGCAUCGCGGUAGAAACCGAGGGGGCGGGGUAGAUCCAGGGAAGGAGGGAGACCUGAAUCUGCAGACGGGCAGUGUCUACCAGUGUCUUUGCCAGCAGGAGCAGCUGAGAGAUGUCCACUCCAGACCCUCCCAUGGGAGGGACUCCUCGGCCUGGGCCUUCCCCCGGCCCUGGGCCCUCUCCAGGAGCCAUGCUGGGCCCCAGCCCUGGCCCCUCCCCUGGCUCCUCCCACAGCAUGAUGGGACCCAGCCCAGGCCCUCCUUCCUCUGGACACGCCCUUCCGCCCCAGGGCCCCUCCGGGUACUCCCAGGAGAACAUGCACCAGAUGCACAAACCCAUGGAGGGGAUGCAUGAGAAGAGCAUGCCCGAGGACCCCCGCUUCGGCCAGAUGAAGGGCAUGGCCAUGAGGCCUGGGGGCCACGCCGGGAUGGGGCCUCCGCCCAGCCCCAUGGACCAGCACUCCCAAGGUUACCCUUCUCCUUUGGGUGGAUCUGAACACGCCCCCAGUCCUGUUCCAGCCAACGGCCCUCCCUCUGGUCCCCUCAUGCCCUCAGGCCCUGGCAGCGUGGCUCUGGAGGGCGGGGACCCCCAGGCUUUGGGCCAGCAGAAUCGGAGCGGAGUUCAGGGAGGAAGCAGUACCUCCGGUGCUGCCACCGGCACCGGCGGACCAACUCCCUUCAACCAGAACCAGCUGCACCAGCUGCGGGCUCAGAUAAUGGCCUACAAGAUGCUGGCGCGCGGGCAGCCCCUGCCGGACCACCUGCAGAUGGCGGUGCAGGGCAAGCGGCCGAUGCCCGGGAUGCAGCAGCAGCCCAUGUCUAGCCUGCCCGCCGGCCCCACACCUGGCCCCGGAACGGGCCCCGGCCCCGCCCCUUCCAGCUACAGCAGACCUCACGGAAUGAUGGGACCUAACAUGCCUCCUCCAGGACCCUCUGGCGUUCCCCCAGGGAUGCAGGGACAGCCCCCCAACGGACCCCCGAAAACUUGGCCUGAGGGACCGAUGGUGAAUGCGGCCGCCCCCUCCAGCGCUCCCCAGAAGCUCAUCCCCCCGCAGCCUACAGGCCGCCCCUCUCCGGCGCCCCCCUCGGUGCCCCCCGCCGCCUCCCCCGUCCUGCCGCCUCAGACCCAGUCCCCGGGGCAGCCCGCCCAGCCCGCCCCCAUGGUCCCCCUGCACCAGAAGCCCAACCGCAUCACGCCCAUCCAGAAACCCUGCGGCCUGGACCCAGUGGAGAUCUUGCAGGAGCGAGAGUACAGGCUCCAGGCGCGCAUCGCUCACCGCAUCCAGGAGCUGGAGAACCUGCCCGGGUCCCUGGCUGGAGACCUGCGCACCAAAGCCAACAUCGAGCUGAAGGCGCUGAGGCUGCUCAACUUCCAGAGACAGCUGCGUCAGGAGGUGGUGGUGUGCAUGAGGCGGGACUCCGCCCUGGAGACGGCCCUCGACGCCAAGGCCUACAAGCGCAGCAAGCGACAGUCCCUGCGUGAGGCCCGCAUCACCGAGAAGCUGGAGAAGCAGCAGAAGAUUGAGCAGGAGCGGAAGCGCCGUCAGAAGCACCAGGAAUACCUCAACAGCAUCCUCCAGCAUGCCAAGGACUUCAAGGAAUACCACCGCUCCGUCACCGGAAGGAUCCAGAAACUGACCAAAGCCGUGGCCACCUACCACGCCAACACUGAGCGCGAGCAGAAGAAGGAGAACGAGCGCAUUGAGAAAGAGAGAAUGAGGAGGCUGAUGGCUGAGGAUGAGGAGGGCUACAGGAAGCUGAUUGACCAGAAGAAGGACAAGCGCCUGGCCUACCUGCUGCAGCAGACGGACGAGUAUGUGGCCAACCUCACUGAGCUGGUGCGCGCCCACAAAGCCGCCCAGGCCCUUAAGGAGAAGAAGAAGAAAAAGAAGAAGAAGAAGAAGCUGGAGAAUGCAGAGGGUCAGACCCCUGCCAUGGGACCUGAUGGAGAGCCCCUGGAUGAGACCAGCCAGAUGAGCGACCUGCCAGUCAAGGUCAUCCAUGUGGACAGUGGGAAGAUCCUGACUGGGGUGGAUGCCCCCAAAGCUGGGCAGCUGGAGGCGUGGCUGGAGAUGAACCCUGGGUAUGAGGUGGCUCCCAGGUCCGACAGCGAGGACAGUGGCUCGGAGGACGAGGAGGAGGAGGACGAAGAGCAGCCUCAGCCCUCUCAGGCUCCGGUGGAGGAGAAGAAGAAGAUCCCCGACCCUGACAGCGAGGACGUGUCCGAGGUGGAUGCCCGCCACAUUAUCGAGCACGCCAAGCAGGACGUGGACGACGAGUACGGGAACGCGGCCUUCGCCCGCGGCCUGCAGUCCUACUACGCCGUGGCCCACGCCGUCACCGAGAAAGUGGAGAGGCAGUCCUCUCUGCUGGUCAACGGGCAACUCAAACAGUACCAGAUCAAGGGUCUGGAGUGGCUGGUGUCCCUGUACAACAACAAUCUGAACGGGAUCCUGGCGGACGAGAUGGGCCUGGGCAAGACCAUCCAGACCAUCGCCCUCAUCACGUAUCUCAUGGAGUACAAGCGCAUCAACGGCCCCUUCCUCAUCAUCGUGCCGCUCUCAACUCUCUCCAAUUGGGUGUACGAGUUUGAUAAAUGGGCUCCGUCUGUGGUGAAGGUCUCUUACAAGGGCUCCCCAGCUGCCAGAAGGGCCUUUGUGCCCCAGCUGCGCAGUGGCAAGUUCAACGUGCUGCUCACCACCUACGAGUACAUCAUCAAAGACAAGCAAGUGCUGGCCAAGAUCCGCUGGAAGUACAUGAUCGUGGACGAGGGCCACCGCAUGAAGAACCACCACUGCAAGCUGACGCAGGUGCUGAACACGCACUACCUGGCCCCGCGCCGCGUGCUGCUGACCGGCACGCCGCUGCAGAACAAGCUGCCCGAGCUCUGGGCCCUGCUCAACUUCCUGCUGCCCACCAUCUUCAAGAGCUGCAGCACCUUCGAGCAGUGGUUCAACGCCCCCUUCGCCAUGACCGGGGAGAAGGUGGACCUGAACGAGGAGGAGACCAUCCUGAUCAUCCGCCGCCUGCACAAGGUGCUCAGGCCCUUCCUGCUGCGCAGGCUCAAGAAGGAGGUGGAGGCCCAGCUGCCCGAGAAGGUGGAGUAUGUGAUCAAGUGCGACAUGUCUGCUCUGCAGAGGGUGCUGUACAGGCACAUGCAGGCCAAGGGCGUCCUGCUUACCGACGGCUCCGAGAAAGACAAGAAGGGGAAAGGUGGCACUAAGACCCUGAUGAACACCAUCAUGCAGCUGAGAAAGAUCUGCAAUCACCCCUACAUGUUCCAGCAAAUCGAGGAGUCCUUCUCCGAGCACCUGGGAUUCACUGGAGGGAUCGUUCAGGGGCCGGAUCUGUACCGCGCCUCAGGAAAGUUCGAGGUGCUGGACCGCAUCCUGCCCAAGCUGCGCGCCACCAACCACAAGGUGCUGCUCUUCUGCCAGAUGACCUCGCUCAUGACCAUCAUGGAGGACUACUUCGCCUACCGCAACUUCAAGUACCUGCGCCUGGACGGUACCACGAAGGCGGAGGAUCGUGGGAUGCUGCUGAAGACCUUCAACGACCCCGCUUCCCAGUACUUCAUCUUCCUCCUGAGCACCAGGGCCGGGGGGUUGGGCCUCAACCUGCAGUCGGCCGACACUGUGGUCAUCUUCGACAGCGACUGGAACCCCCACCAGGACCUGCAGGCCCAGGACCGCGCCCACCGCAUCGGGCAGCAGAACGAGGUGCGCGUGCUGCGCCUCUGCACCGUCAACAGCGUGGAGGAGAAGAUCCUGGCCGCCGCCAAGUACAAGCUCAACGUGGACCAGAAGGUCAUCCAGGCCGGCAUGUUCGACCAGAAGUCGUCCAGCCACGAGCGGCGGGCCUUCCUGCAGGCCAUCCUGGAGCACGAGGAGCAGGACGAGGUCGGGGGACGGGGGGGGUGUGGCACGGUGUGGGGGGUGUUGGAGGAGGACGAGGUGCCUGACGACGAGACUGUCAACCAGAUGAUCGCCAGGAGCGAGGAGGAGUUUGACCACUUCAUGCGUAUGGAUCUGGACCGGCGCCGGGAGGAGGCCCGGAACCCCAAGCGCAAGCCCCGCCUGAUGGAGGAGGACGAGUUGCCCACCUGGAUCAUGAAGGACGAUGCCGAGGUGGAGCGCCUCACCUGCGAGGAGGAGGAGGAGAAAAUGUUUGGGCGGGGCUCCCGCCAGCGCAAGGAGGUGGACUACAGUGACUCCCUCACCGAGAAGCAGUGGCUGAAGGCCAUAGAGGAGGGUACACUGGAGGAGAUCGAGGAGGAGGUGAGGCACAAGAAGACCACUCGCAAACGCAAGCGUGACCGUGACCUUGACCUGCCGGGCCCGGCCACGCCCAGCUCCAGCGGCACUCGCAGCCGUGACAAGGACGAGGAAAGCAAGAAGCAGAAGAAACGUGGCCGCCCCCCGGCCGAGAAGCUGUCCCCCAACCCCCCCAACCUCACCAAGAAGAUGAGAAAGAUCGUAGACGCCGUCAUCAAGUACAAAGACAGUAGCAACGGGCGGCAGCUCAGUGAGGUCUUCAUCCAGCUGCCCUCCCGCAAGGAGCUGCCCGAGUACUACGAGCUGAUCCGCAAGCCUGUGGACUUCAGGAAGAUCAAGGAGCGGAUCCGCAGCCACAGAUACCGCAGCCUCGGCGACCUGGAGAAGGACGUCAUGCUGCUCUGCCAGAACGCACAGACCUUUAACUUGGAGGGCUCCCUGAUCUACGAGGACUCCAUCGUGCUGCAGUCUGUCUUCACCAGCGUGCGGCAGAAGAUCGAGAAGGAGGAGGACAGCGAGGGCGACGACAGCGAGGAGGAGGAAGAGGAGGCAGACGAAGGCUCGGAGUCUGAGUCUCGCUCAGUGAAGGUGAAGAUCAGGCUAGGCAGGAAGGAGAAGGGUCUGGAGAGAGGCAAGGGGCGGCGCAGAAUGGGGCGUGGCUCCAGGGCCAAACCCGUGGUGAGCGACGAUGAUACUGAAGAGGAGCAGGAGGAGGAGCGUUCAGCCAGCGGCAGUGAAGAGGACUGAGCCGUGCCUGAAUGAGCCAAUCCCCUAAAGUGACUCCCGUCCUUAGCCAAUCAAGUGUAGGGUAGGUGGGUGGCUGGGGAAGAGUGGUAAUGGAUUAUGUGUACAUAGAUAAGUUGAUUCCUUGUGAAGUAUGAAAUGAUUAUGUUAACGUCAUCAAAUGACUCAGCAAAAAAGUGUGAAAUUGGUAUGGAAAAUGUUCUUUCAAUAUUUGUAUGGCAAUUCCAGUGUAAAAUGGGGCCAUUUGUUUAGUCUUUUUUUUUUAGGAUAAUUAAGCUUUUAAGCAAGUGAACAGUGGACCAUGAGGACAGUUUUACCUUCCUUUUUUUAAUGUAUUUAUUUAUGUAGUUUCUUUCCCAGGCAAACCUGAAUGUGAGAUAUUGGAGUCCAUGUUAUUCCAAACCCUUAAAUGCAUGUCUGUGUUGUGCAUCCGUAGAAAAUGCUCUCUGUAUGUUUAAUUUAAGAAGAAAUACAAGGAGCCACAGUACAUCCAGUAUCUUCCUAAACCCUCCAGCACCAGG